GAAACAACUCAAGUGGGUAGAUGCAACACGACAUUCGAAAAGAAAGCGACCCAAGAUACACUCAAUACUAAGUCACUAUCCGAUGUUCUACGUCUAGAAUCAACUCAAGUGAGUAGAUGCAACAUGCCGUUUGUAGAGGAAUCUAUUCAAUAUAAACUCAAUACCGAGUCAAUAUCUGAUGCUUUACUUCUGGAAUCAACUCAAGUGAGUGGAUGGAAUACAACAUUCGAAAAGGUAGCGAAUCAAGAUAAACUCAAUACUGAGUUACUAUCCGAUGCUUUACGUGUGGAGUCAACUCAACUGAGUAGAUGCAACACGCCAUUUGAAGAGGAAGCGAUUCAAGACAAACUGAAUACUGAGUCACUAUCCGAUGCUUUAUGCGUGGAAUUCACUCAAGUGAGUAGAUGCAACACGCCAUUUUAUGAGGAAUCGAUUCAUGAUAAACCCAAUACUGAGUCGCUUUCCGAUGCUCUACGUAUUGAAUCAACUCAAAUGAGGAGAUGCAACACGCUGUUUGAAGAAGAAACUCUUCUAGAUAAACUCAAUACUGAGUCAAUGUCCGAUGCUCUACGUCUUGAAUCAACUCAAGUGAGCAAAUGCAACAAUCCCUUUGAAAAAGAAACUAUUCAAAAUAAACCUAAUACGGAGUCAAUAUCUGAUACUCUUCGUCUAGAAUCAACACAAGUGAAUAGAUGCGACACGCCAUUUGAAAAGGAAAUGAUUCAAGAUAAACGCAAUACUGUGCCACCAUCUGAUGCUCUUCGCUUGAAAUCUUCUCAAGCAGGUUGGUGCAACACUCCAUAUGAAGAGGAAACAAUUUUAAAUAACGUCAAUAUGGUAUCAAUAUCUGAUGCUCUUCGCUUGGAAUCUCAAGAAAGUAACAGUCUUCGCUUGGAAUCUUCUCAAGCAAGUGGAUGCAAUAGUCCUUUGGAAGAUGAAUCAACGUUGAAUAAUGUAAAUAUGGCAUCAAUAUCUGAUGCUCUUCGCUUGGAAUCUACUCAAGCAAGUAGAUGCAACAGUCUUUUUGAGAAUGAAUCAACGUUGAAUAAUGUAAAUAUGGCAUCAAUAUCUGAUGCUCUUCGCUUGGAAUCUACUCAAGCAAGUGGAUGCAAUGGUCCUUUUGAUGAUGAAUCAACGUUGAAUAAUGUAAAUAUGGCAUCAAUAUCUGAUGCUCUUCGCUUGGAAUCUACUCAAGCAAGUAGAUGCAACAGUCCUUUUGAGAAUGAAUCAACGUUGAAUAACGUAAAUAUGACAUCAAUAUCGGAUGCUUUACGCUUGGUAUCUACUCAAGCAAGUAGAUGCAACAGUCCAUUUGAGGAUGAAACAACGUUAAUUGACGUCAAUAUAACAUCAAUAUCUGAUGCUCUUCGCUUGGAAUCUCAAGCAAGUAGAUGCAACAGUCCAUUUGAGAAUGAAACAACGUUGAAUAACGUCAAUAUAACAUCAAUAUCUGAUGCUCUUCGCUUGGAAUCUCAAGCAAGUAGAUGCAACAGUCCAUUUGGGGAUGAAACAACGUUGAAUAACGUCAAUAUGACAUCAAUAUCUGAUGCUCUUCGCUUGGAUUCUACUCAAGGCAGUAGGUGCAACACUCCAUUCGAGGUGGCAUUGGUUCAGAAAAACAUCAAUGUGGCAUCAAUAUCUGACGCUCUUCGUUUUGAAUUAACUCACGGGAGCAGGUGCAACACACCAUUUGAGACGGAAUUAACUCAAAACAUGCUAAAUAUGGAAUCAAUAUCAGAUGCUCUUCGCAUUGAAUCAUCUGAAUCGACUAGAUCCAACACGCCAUUAGAAGUUGAGAGACCAGACGCAACUCUGAACUCUAUCAAGUCAUCUGGUGAGGGCGAUUUCUGCCAUCACGUUAGCGAAAUUGGUGUUAGGAGAUUUGUUGGCGGGUCCAGUACUGCAGACUCAUCAUCCGUGUGCGUUGAAGCAGCGAAUAUUGUUGAAGCACUUCAAAGACAAUUCACCAAUGCUAGUAAAACUAAGAUUACAAUCUCACCACCAUCCGAUGAAGAAAAUUCUGUCUCUUAUUCGAUGACUGAUACUACGAUGACAACUUCCAAAACAAUGACAGAAUCUAUUGCAGAGUCAAUGCGUAAAAUUAGGAAACAAACUGUAAGCAAGAAGGAUUCUACUAAUGACAAUUCAAUUGUAGAUCACCAAAAUGUUGUAAAUAGUUUGAAAAUGCAAUCUACCAGCAAAACGACAAAAAAAACUAAAUUUGUGAAUGAUAUGCAAGACGAAAAUAAGAAAACAAAUUUUGACAAUAAAAAUGUCAGUUUUGGGAAAAAAAUCCAUAAAAACAGUGAAAUUGUAGCUGUUGACGACGAUUGUUUGGGCGGAGCAGAUCCAAGCAUAAGUAUAGAGUUUGUAGAUAAUAUACCUACUUCGCAAAUUGUUUCAUCGGAAAGGGAAAAUACCGUGAGUACGACCUCGCAAAUUCAAAGCAAUUAUUCAACGACGACUACUGGAUCUCCGAUUGCAGUAAUUGUCCGCGAAGGUCCAUCAACUGAACGAAAUGUUGCAUCACUGAUUAUAGAUAUGAAAACAGGCGUAGCGACAACCCUGGAUAAGUCAUCGACAAGCAAGAAAUCUAACGAAGAUGAUAAUGCUGGCAUUCGGCCACAAACUUCAACACUCCCAACAAAAGAUCGAGGAAAUAAUAUUAUUGUUGGAGUUGAUCAAACUGAAGAGACUUCGACUGCUUUUGAUGAAGUUGAUAAUGUAUCUUUCCCAAAUUUUGCAGACAUAAAACUGCCCAAUGAAACAGCUGAAGAGAAGAUGGCUCGAAUGUUUGGACUAUCCGAAGGACCCACAACUCAAAGUGAAGCGGAUCUAUCAUGCCAGACAAGCGAAGCAAAAAAUCAAGGGAUUCAUAUUUCGAAUAUCGGACAAGAUUUUACAGAUAAUUUGAAUAUGAAUAAUCAGGAGUAUGUUGACCUACUGGAAAUGCAAGAAUCUUUUCGGACCAUUGGCGGCGAAGGGUUGGGAAUUGCUUCGAGUUCAUGGGUUACAUAUGGAAGUGGACUUUCUGUCGAGGAUAAAAAGUCAUUCGGUACAAUGAAGCAUGAAGCGAAUAGCGAGCGGGAAAGCUUUGCAAACGUUGAAGAAGAAUUGUCAUGUAUAUUUGAAAGAUCUGAAGAUUUCCAACUUCAAACUGAGGAACCUGUUUUUGUCGUAAAACUGGCAGAUCAAGUGGUGAACGAAGGCGAAACUGCAACAUUCAUUUGCAUAGUUACAGGUCAUCCGCAACCAUCAUUGCGAUGGCAGAGAACUGUGCCAGGAAAAGUUGAAAUAUUGAACGAAAACGCUGCUGGUGUGGAGAUAAAACAUGACAUAUACACGAAGGAAAACAUACUAAAGAUCCAUCGAGUAAGAAUAGAAGAUGAAGCAGAAUAUACAUGUAUUGCAUUGAAUGAUGUUGGGUUUGCUUCUAGUUCAGCAAUGUUACGAAUCAUCAAAUUACAAACCGAGGAAAAUAUAGAAGUUAGUACCACAAGAAAAGAUUUUCCCAACAAUGAAGGAUCGAUGACAAUAAAGUCAGCUCAAACUAUCCCGAAGACCCUUACAAUCAGAGUAAAAGAACGUGUCAUAGUCCGGGAAACAUACGAUAGUUCACAAUCAGAAAGUCGUGAUGAGUCAACGUCAGAUGAAACAUCUUCUCCGUCUUCAUUCGACAACUGCCAACAAGUAGGACAAAGAAGAAAAUGGCGUCGAAGACCUCCAUCGCCUGACUAUUUUGAAAGAUCAAGCGAAAGAUCGACAUCGAUCGAUUCUGGAGACACAGAAAAGGAAUCAGUUAAUAAUCACGCUCAAGAGGUGAUCAAAAUCAAAUCUACUUCAGAAGAUGAUUUGAGGAAAGCUGUUUUGCUGGCUUCAACAAACAAUUCCUCGCAAUCAUUCAAGUCAGAUAUGUCUCCAUUUCAAAGAUUUGCAAGUCCUUUACCAAUGUCGGAAUGCAGCGCGAGUCGAUCUAUAAAUAAACCAACAUCUCUUGACUUGGAUGACACUGUAUCCGAAUCACUUUUUACUGUUUCGUCUUGGCCUGAUAUAAAAUCGGACAUAUUUCAGAGUGUCAACGCUUCUGUGUUGCUGGCAGGAAUACCCGAGGAGUCGAUAUAUGUGGACACGGAAAUUGCAUCUUUGUCAAGAAGUUACAUCACACAACUGGUGCAAAGACUCAUUUUUGAAGAAGAAGAAUUUGUUUCAAUACUAAGAAGAGCUGAUCAUAUAAUCAAAGAAAGCUCUGAUCUUCCUGCUGCGGUUGAUGACAGAAUUCACGAAAUAUUUGGUGAUUUGGAAGGACUCUAUCAUUUCCAUGCAAACCUUCUUCUUCCCGAACUCUCUCUUUGUCUCUCCGAUGUCAGUCACCUUCCAGGCGUUUUUCUUGAAUCCGCCAAGCACUUUGAGCAAUUGCACGUAAGUCAUUUCAUGAACACCAGCAAAGCUUCCAAACUCUUCAACUCACAAGCUCAAUUAGUGGAAGGCGUUCACGAGUUGUCGUGUAAAGUUGGAUUCGAUAUGACAGAGGUUUACAAGAAACCAAUUCAAAGAAUUGAACAGUAUCAAUCGACUCUCAAGCAAUUUUCUGGAAUAGAUGCAACAAGCUCUAAUUUAGCAUCAAGUUACAAAAAAGCAAUAAAAAUAUUGGAUGACAUUCCGAAACGUAGUCAUCUAAUGCAAAGUUGGUGCGAAAUCGAAGGUAAACCGAAGGAUGCUUCGAUUCUUGGGCAGCUAAUAAAAGAGGGUGCAUUUCAGCUACUUGAUUCCACUCUUGUACCAACACACAAAAAAUGUAAAAUGCGUCAAUUGUUUUUGUUCGACAAAUAUCUGGUUGUAUGCAAACUAAGUCGCCGUGUCGGAUCACGGAAAAUUGUUCAUUCAAAAUAUCACAGACAAUUUGAGAUCAAACAACUCCAAGUUGAAGAGUCCCCUGAUUUUGCUGACGAUCGGACGUUCAUUAUAACGACGGAUACUGGCAAUGGAGAAAAUAUUUUUUGGCAAGCAAACUUAAGAGCUAAAACUGGAGAUAUCAAACGAUCAUGGUGCAGACGAUUAUACAGUCUGAUUCAAUCCACAAAGUAAUCAUGGCACUUCAGAUAUAUUUGUGAAUCGGGAAAUAAUUCUUAAGUUUACCAAA